AGGGACAUCAGUCUUUUUCUUGGUAGCAAGCUGUAGAUUUUGUUUCAAAGAAAGCAUCUUCAUCUUUCUCUAGUUUCAUCAUGUAUAGAUGAAGAUUCCGAUGCAGAAAAUAUUUACACCAGCAGCUCCAGUUCAUACCAAUAAAGAAGAUCCUGCUACCCAAACUAAUUUGGGAUUUAUCCAUGCAUUUGUCGCUGCCAUAUCAGUUAUUAUUGUAUCUGAAUUGGGUGAUAAGACAUUUUUUAUAGCAGCCAUCAUGGCAAUGCGCUAUAACCGCCUGACCGUUCUGGCUGGUGCAAUGCUUGCCUUGGGACUAAUGACGUGCUUGUCAGUUUUGUUUGGCUAUGCCACCACAGUCAUCCCCAGGGUCUAUACAUACUAUGUUUCAACUGUAUUAUUUGCCAUUUUUGGCAUUAGAAUGCUUCGGGAAGGCUUAAAGAUGAGCCCUGAUGAGGGUCAAGAGGAACUGGAAGAAGUUCAAGCUGAAUUAAAGAAGAAAGAUGAAGAAUUCCAACGAACCAAACUUUUAAAUGGACCAGGAGAUGUCGAAACGGGUACAAGCAUAACAGUACCUCAGAAAAAGUGGUUGCAUUUUAUUUCACCCAUUUUUGUUCAAGCUCUUACAUUAACAUUCUUAGCAGAAUGGGGUGAUCGCUCUCAACUAACUACAAUUGUAUUGGCAGCUAGAGAGGACCCCUAUGGUGUAGCUGUGGGUGGAACUGUGGGGCACUGCCUGUGCACGGGAUUGGCAGUAAUUGGAGGAAGAAUGAUAGCACAGAAAAUCUCUGUCAGAACUGUGACAAUCAUAGGAGGCAUCGUUUUUUUGGCGUUUGCAUUUUCUGCACUAUUUAUAAGCCCUGAUUCUGGUUUUUGACAAGCUGUUUGUUCAUCUGUAUUUAGUUUAAAAUAGAUAAUAUUAUCUUUCUGUACAUAGUGUACAUUACAACUAAAAGUGAUGGAAAAAUACUGUAUUUUGUAGCACUGAUUUGUGAGUUUGACCCAUUAUGAUGUUUGAGAUAUAAUCAUUGAUUCUAUUUGUAACAAGGAGUUUUAAAAGAAACCUGACUUCUAAGUGUGGGUUUUUUUUCUCUCCAGCAUAAUUAUGUUAAUAUAGUCCCCAUUUUUAUUCUGGUGCAGAACUGUUGUGCAGUGGGGUCUGCCAUGCGAUUUUCCUUCAGCACUGACCCCUUUUUAAGGAAUACAAAUUUUCUCCUUCAUCAUUUAGGUGUUUUAAAGAUGUUUACCUUAAAAAUUUUCUUGGGGAAAGAAUGAAUUAAUUUCUAUGUUUUGAAACAUUUCCCUGAGCCAGUAAGCAGUAGUUUAAUCAUCGGUCUUUUCAAAAUUAGGUGUUUAAAAAAAGACAUAUAUGAUAUUACUGUUAUAUCAAUAACGUACAAUAAGAACUGUCUGCCAGGUCAUUCUUCCUCUUUUUUUUUUUUUUAAUUGGGUAGGACACCCAAUAUUAAAACAGUCAAUAUUUGACAACGUGGAAUUACCAAAUUAAAAGAGAAUACUAUGAAUGUAUUCAUAUUUUUUCUAUAUUGAAUAAACAAUGUAACAUAGAUACAAUAUAAAUAAAAGUGGUAUGACCAGUG